AAACAGGGUGUUAAAGGAUGAGAAGUGCAAGGGGGUCAACUGUGAACACAUUUGUACAUUUAAUACAACUAGGAUAUAUGAACUAGCAAACAGUAAUAUCUGAACUGAGAUAACACCACACAGCACAAACAUUGUAACUUCCUUAUCUAAUCUAAAUUUAUGACCCUUCAAAACACCCAUACUUGCCAUUUAUCAAGAAGGAUUUGUAAGUGCUGGACAACUUACAUCAACAUAAGCUUGGCCUGACAUUAAUUCCAAGAAAGAACAUUUUAUCACAAGUCUCAAGACUCUAAAGGUUACUAGAUUCAGAUGGUGCAACACUGAUUCUGUGAGCAGACAUCUCAUUGUCACUACUGAGUCCACAAGCUCCUGUCAUAUGACGAAUCUCCAUAACCAAAUACUGGAUUUAUGAGAUUCAGCUGAGUAAUAUAUGAGCAUGCAUAAUAGGUUGGUUUGUGUGACAAUAAACAAGAAGUGCAUACUUUUAACAUUAUUAACUGUGACUUUGCUCAUGGUAAAAAUAUGGAUAGAAGUCUCUGGGAAACCAGAAACAAUUAUUCACAAAUCAAAAUAUACACUACACUACGAGUAUUCUCUGUGUUCCUCAAAAAAGAAACCAAUAGAAGGUACAUCCCACUGCAAUGUCCAAUGUCCACAGAAACCUAUUGUGACAGUCAAACAGUUAGGGCGUCUUGGUAAUCAGAUGUGGGAGUACAUUUCUGUUUGGGCUGUGGCCAAGAAGACAGGGCAUGCACCAUAUGUUCCAAGCUGUCUCAAACAGAAAUUGGAGAAGGUAUUCCAGAACCUUACAGUCCCUGCUCUGUCAUGCAUUGUCAACUGUCCUGUUGAGAAACAUCUGGUAGAAGUGAAGGGGGACAAUUUGAAGCUUUUCAAUGGGAACAUCUUGUUACAAAAUUAUGUUCAACUGCCUGAAUAUAUUGUGCCUUUACUGAGUGAAGUUCGGCAGAUAUUUCAGUUCAAGAAACAUAUUGAAGAAGAAAGUCAGAGAUUCUUGUAUAAAGCUUCAAAAGGAGAGAAAAAUGUUACAUAUGUGGGUGUUCAUGUCAGAAGAACAGAUUACAAGGCAUAUUUGAAGAGGAAAUAUAAUGCUUCUUUGGUGGAGCCUGAUUUCUUCCCCAGGCAAAUGAACUACUUUCGCAAUAACUAUAAAGCAGUAGUAUUUGUGGUAGUGAGUGAUGAACCCAGAUGGUGUGAACGUGAACUGGUUGGUGACAAUGUGGUAGUGAGCAGGGCCAACUCUCCAGAACAGGACCUUGCCAUCAUGGCAGCAUGUAACCAUUCUAUUAUUGAUUAUGGCACAUAUGGAGUGUGGGGAGCCAUACUAGCGGGUGGGGAUACAUUUGUGUAUAACCUAACUUUGAGUGGGGCAGUUAAAAUGGCAUCAUUAUUGCCAAACUGGCAUGUUGUAACAUAAUUAAUACUUCCUGGAUUUAAAAUAAGAACAGUUGGAAAACCAAAAGUAAAACUUUUGCCACCUCUGUAAUUAGUUACAUGACAUAUAUCAAAUAAAUGUAUUGUGAUAUAGAAAAGGAA